GCCUAUUUGGAUGUAAAGGAGCUGAAAGAGAUCCUGAAUCUGGAUGGCUCCACACACCUGAACGUCUUCUUUGCCAACUCGUCUGAUGAAGAUCUGGCCGGUGUCGCCACUUGGCCGUGGGACAAAGAAGCACUAACACAUUUGGGUAAAGACACACACACACACUCCACCUUCUCAACAGCCCCCGUUGUUGAUUAGGAGUAAUUACAGUGUGAGCCCUGAGCAGUCUCUCCAUCUCUACCGCCACUCUGACAGGGAGGAAGGUGAUAAUGAAGCUGUGGGGGUUGAUGAAUAAUGCAUUAUCUCAAUCCCUCUCCAGCAUCCAGAACUUUCUAGUGUGAAUAGGUGUUUGUCUGUGUCUGCUCUCCAUUCGUAGGUGGCAUUGUUUUGAACCCCUCCUUCUACGGCACAUUUGGUCACACCCACACCAUGAUCCAUGAGAUUGGCCACAGUCUCGGGCUGUAUCACGUGUUCCGGGGGAUCUCUGAGAUUGAGUCGUGUAACGAUGCGUGUCUGGAGACUGAGCCCUCGUUGGAGACAGGAGAUCUGUGUGAAGACACUAACCCCACGCCCAAGUACAAGCACUGCAGAGACCCUGAGCCUGGCAACGACACCUGCGAGCGUCGUCACUUCACACACACACCAUACAACAACUACAUGAGCUACGCAGGUGAGAUUGCACUGCUAACAUACAUACACGCACACACAGACAAAAAAAACAACGUAAACUGACAUACAAACACGUGCACACUUUCUGACACGCAUAAACAGGCACAGAAUGCUGUGGUGUGCCUUGAAUUCUAAAUAAAUCAUUGACAGUGUCACCAGCAACGCACCCCCACACCAUAACACCUCCUCCUCCAUGCUUUAUGGAGGGAAAUACACAUGCAGAGAUCAUCCGUUUACCCACACCGCGUUUCAAAAAGGCGGUUGGAACCAAAAAUCUCAAAUUUGAACUCCAGACCAAAGGACAAAUUUCCACCGGUCUAAUGUCCAUUGCUCGUGUUUCUUGGCCCAUGCAAGUCUCAUCUUCUUAUUGGUGUCCAUUAGUAGUGGUUUCUUUGCAGCAAUUCGACCAGGAAGGCCUGAUUCACACAGUCUCCUCUGAACAGUUGAUGUUGAGAUGUGUCUGUUACUUAAACUCUGUGAAGCAUUUAUUUGGGCUGCAAUUUCUGAGGCUGGUAACUCGAAUGAACUUAUCCUCUGCAGCAGAGGUAACUCUGGGUCUGUCAUUCCAGUGGCGGAACUCAUUAGAGCCAGUUUCACCAUAGCGCUUGAUGGUUUUUGCGACUGCAAAGUUCUUGACAUUUUCCGUAUUGACUGACAUUCAUGUCUUAAAGUAAUGAGGGACUGUCAUUUCUCUUUGCUUAUGUGAGCUGUUCUUGCCAUAAUAUGGACUUGGUCUUUUACCAAAUAGGGCUAUCUUCUGUAUACCCCCCCCGACCUUGUCACAACACAACUGAUUGGCUCAAAUGCAUUAAGAAGGAUAGAAAUUCCACAAAUUAACUUUUAAGAAGGCACAACUGUUAAUUGAAAUGCAUUCCAGGUGACUACCUCAUGAAGCUGGUUGAGAGAAUGCCAAGAGUGUGCAAAGCUGUCAUCAAGGCAAAGGGUGGCUAUUUGAAGAAUUUCAAUUAUAAAAUAUAUUUUGAUUUGUUUUACACUUUUUUGGUUACUACAUGAUUCCAUAUGUGUUAUUUCAUCGUUUUUGAUGUCUUAACUAUUAUCCUAAAAUGUAAAAAUAAAGAAAAACCCUUGAAUGAGUAGGUGUGUCCAUGAGACUGGUAAUGUACAUCAUACAAACAUGUGCCUAUGGUCCUAUUAUCCAUCACACGCUGCUGUCCCUCACUCAGAAAUAGACACACAUCACAUAGGAAUGUCCAACCAUACAGUAUGCUGACCCCGAGUGUCACAUAAAGAUCUAGGAUCUUAAUUUGAGCCAGUCUCCUACAGCAGGAAAAUAAUCCUGCAGCAACACAAAAUUAUUAGUGGACAUUUUUGAAGUGGUUGAGACAUUUUUCGUAAGGGAAAAUUAAGUCUGAAAUUUCUAAGUGGAAAUUACAAACGUUAGAAGCCUUUUUAAACCUCAAAUACACUACAAGUUUUAAAUGCCCUGCAAUGCAGGAAAGUUAUCCUGCAACAGGGUGAUCAAAUUAAGAUCCUACAUCUGUGUGUGUGCCUUAGCAAGUGUGGAAUGUAGACAUUGCAUUCGAAAAACACCCUGGGUAUAUUCUACUGUAUGUUCAGGUCACUGACCUGUAGAGACUGUAAGAAUAUUGCUUCUCUUAAUAACAUUGCUACAAACUCUGUAGAUACAGGCCCUGUUUUUCUAUCUUCUGUACGUUUACAGUAUAUGUACAUUACUUCUCAGGCGUUCCCAAACCAUCCCCUAUUGGCUAAGUCAACCAUUAACCUAUAUUCUGCUAUAAAAUAUAAUGAAUUUUAAAUCCUACUUAAAUCCCAUUAAUACAUAAUCUACAGACCAUCAUAUUAAAUUGUUUCUGAUCAUCUCUUCCACAUAGAUGACGACUGUACGGACUCUUUCACCCCCAACCAAGUUGCCCGGAUGCACUGCUACCUGGACCUGAUCUACCAGACGUGGCAGCCCGCGUCCAAACCACCCCCUGUACCCAUGGCGCCCCAAGUGGUGGGGCAGGAGCAUGACGCCAUUACCCUGGAGUGGUUCCCGCCUAUCUCCGGCCACUUCUACAACAGGUGAAAUGAGCUGGACGAAUGGGGCAGGCAGCACAGUGGGGAUCUUUUGUAUUGACCUCCACUCUGCAGAGGACUGGAGAUAUUUUUGAAAAAUGGGUUGACUGUCUGUUUCGAUUGCAUCAAAAUUAUCACAUGCCUAUUGGCCUGUUUUUAAAUGAGUGCCAGUCCAAUUAGACUGUAUCUUAGUGAGUGUGUUUCCAUAUAAACUGUAUCUAAGUUGGUUGCUGUGCCUGUCUGUUGGUUUCCUAGAGAAGUGGGAUCAGUGUGUGAUAAAUGCACAGAGGGCCGGGUCCUGCUGCAGUACGCAUCUAACUCCUCGUCCCCCCGACCCUGCGCCCCUUCUGGACACUGGAGCCCCCGUGAGGCCGAAGGUAAGACAGCUCUAUUCUGGGUUAUUAAUUACAACACGUCUGACUGA